GACACAACCUUACCGUUUUGCUUUAUUUAAUUUGAAAGAGCUGCUCGUAUCAAAGCCGAAAGUACAGAGAAACACCGAUGUCCUCUGUCCACACUUCGCUUUGUUGCCAGGAAACCCUCAUCGGCAAUAACGGCUACCCCUUGGAGACCCACGAGGUAGCCACCGAAGAUGGCUACAUUCUACAGCUGCAUCGAAUACCCCAUGGAAGGAUGGGUUCCUGCGCUCACGUCAACGCAUCUAAGGACCGCUGGUGUGGAGGACGUGGUCCGGUGUUCGUUAUGACGGGCCUUCUCGCAGAUUCUGCGUGCCUGGUACUCGACUACCCUGACCAAUCCCUCGGGUUCGUUCUCGCUGACAAUGGCUAUGACGUCUGGCUUGGAAACACGCGCGGGAACACGUUCGGCAAGAGGCACCGAUCUUUGGAUGUCAGGUCAAGGCAGUUCUGGAACUUCACGUUCCAUGAACACGCUAUCUACGAUCUUCCCGCUCAGAUCGACUACGUGCUGAGCAAAACAAUGCAAAAUCAGCUUCUGUACAUCGGCCUCUCUCAAGGCACGCUGAGCUUCUUCACCAUGAUGUCCGAGAGACCCGAAUACAACCACAAGGUAAAGGCGUUCGCCGGACUCGCCCCCUUCCACAAGCUGGCUCACAUCGAGGUGCCACCACUUGCGGUCUUUGGCCCGUACGCGGAGUCCCCGCUGCGUCUCGCACAAGCGUUGGGUGGCUACGAGAUGCUUCCCAAAGACUUCCAGCUCAUGAGCCUCUUGAGGCUUUUGUGCGGGAGUGUGGCCAAGCCCGUCUGCACUUUCCUCGGUGACAGGCUCAACAACCUCGGAAGCAGAUACAUCAAUCUGACAAGAACCACUGUCUACCUGUGUCACAUUCCUGCGGGGACUUCCACGAAAAACGUCAUACACUUUGGCCAACUUGUAGGAUCAAAGCGGCCUCAAAAGUUCGACUACGGGUCAUCGAAGAACCUGGAAGUGUAUGGACAGCGCAAGCCACCCGAGUACAACCUGUCGCGCGUGACCACGGACGUGGGCAUCUUCUGGAGCGAGGGCGACCAGUUCGUGACGCCGAGGGAGGUGGGCGAGCUGCGAGCUGCACUCGGUGCCAGGGUCAAGCGGGAGUGGUACAUCGGCGACCCUUUCUUCACGCACCUGCACUUUUUCAUCGGCCUGGCGAGCAAGAAGUACCUGUUCAAGAACCUGCUGGAUUUCCUGGCCGGAUAUCCGAUCGAACAAGAGCAGCUGGGAGAAGACGUGGCCACAACCACGAACGCUGUCUACCCAACCCCAAAUUCCUGAUUUCGGGCAAGAGAAUAAAGGGAACGGCUUCUGUUGAUCUUUCUUUCGG